AUUGUUGGAUGUGGCAGCAGAGGCUGCUUCAGGUGCGCAGUUGCCCUUUGAAAUUGUCAUAGCAACGGACACACAACAAAUGUAAAGUUAAGCAUUUUUUAAGUUGUACGUUUUGGGUCGCGUUUCUCGCGUUUGCCAAUUUUCGAAAAGAAACAUUCCAAAUUCGAAGUGCACAGACAUAAAAUGGAUAUGGAUAACGCAAGCUGGGCGAUGGAUCAGCUGCGUGCCGCCACAGAAGAGAAUGACGGAAUGUUUACAUCGCCAUCGGAUACACACACAGAUGUCAGCAGCAGCAGUAGAAGCGCCAAUCCCAAUUCAGUAACAGUAACGACUCCAUACGUCUCCCAGUUCCGCAUCGAUGGGCAGCCCAUUUUGCCGCCGCUGAUGACGGCGGAAAGGCGGCGCCAGAUGCAGCUGCUAAGACAGCGAGCACUAGAACUAGAGGCCAAGUACAAGCAGUCGAAUGCCGUCAGAUCAACAACAAUCUUGGACGAGACCAGAGUUAUAGAUUCGGACAGCAGCAGUGGCUCCAACAGCAACAGCAGCAGCAACGACGCCAACAGUAGUACCAUGAGCACUAUACAAAGAUUCCCACAGCUGCAGCAAACGCAGACGUUCAUCUAUGACAGCACACGUCAGCAGUCGCCUCACAGCUCGCCACGAAAUCGUCCCCAGACCCUGAAUGUGGCCAAUAAUGUUAUACCUACCAUCUGUGUGAAUCCACCAACGCCGCUGCGUGGUGAUAAUCAACCGCCAAAGCCUCCUCCAUCACCAUCUCCGCCGAAAGUGCAAUACAGUCGAAUGCUAGGCACACCACGUCGCAAGCUUAACAACAUCACCAGCCGCAUAAUGCAGUUUGAGCUGACUGGGAAGGGAGAGCAGCUGCAACUGGAGCCGCAGCCCAUGCAAUUGCUCUGGCAGAACAAGGAGCUGUCUGCUGUUGACAAGCGAAUGUUGCGUUCAAGUACGAGUCCAUCGUUAAAUGCUGGUCAAACGAAUGGCAUGCAAAUGCAGCGUUCCCGCUCGUUUACGCUGGAGGAGCCAUCGCCGGCUCUGGUGGAGCACAUGAAGCGAGAAGGCAGUAAAGCGCCCAUACCCCCGCCACUGUUCCCGCCGGCAGUGGGAACCGCAGCAAUUACUUCUGGUGUGGCACAAACUUCGCCGCGAUGCCGUUUUGUGUUGCCAGCUGGCAGCGUGUCGUGCUGCUCCUCGGCGCAGAGUCUGGCGCACUUACGACGCGACACAGUCGAGUCUAAGGCCAAACAAGUGCAGCGGAGUGUCAGCAGCAGCUGUGUGGACUUGGGCAACAGGUCAACAUCAUCGGCUGGUAGACGAUGUGGUGGCCACACUAGAAACCUACAGAAUCAACAGCAGCAGCUUAAGCAACUGUUGCAGCGUGCCCUGCAUGAAGCAGAUGAUGUGCUGGACGAACAGGAUCAAGAAGAGAGGAAACAAUUGACGUUGGCCAAGCGACAGAUGUUGAAAGAUAUCAAGUCGGCGCAUCGCGAUCGCUUCCAGCAACUGAUGCAGUAUCAACACGAGGAGCAGCGACGCAUGCAGGCGGAAUUUGAUCGCCAGCAGAAGUUUCUCAUCGAACAGAUCUGUGCGGAUAUCAAUGUGUCCGCCUAUGCGCCGCUCUCCACCGAGCUCAGUCCGAGCGGCAUCUCGGAAUACACGAGCACCGAUGAUUUGCCAACACCGUCACGUUCCUCACAAAACGAUACCUUAACAUUAUCGAGCAAAGACUCUGCUUUGUGCACGGCACGCAAGCGUCUCUUCGAUGUGGACAAUGAAUCUGAUGCGCCUUCAGAGCUGCUGCCCAUUGAUAGCGCCACCAGUUCACCCAAGUCAAUAACAAAUAACAGCAGCAACAGCAACAACAACAGCAGCAACAACAACACAAAUGCCAAAGCUAAAAUUAAAAAGCCUAUACAACGCAGUCAUUCCAAGGCGCCCGCAGCCAGAAAGGUGACCAGUCCCGUGUUGCCGUCUAAAACGCCGCCAGCAAGAAGAGCCACCAAUAAGACAACAACGACAAUCACUAAAGGUAAACCACAGCAGCCAUCUCUGUCCAAGACACGUCGAUCUGCCUCGCCCAGUCGUCAGUCACUGUUAGCGUUGGAGUCGCAGUCGGAGCUUGAGACACAUCGUCGUCACGAAGCCGCAACGCUUAUUAAUGCCGUCACCCGUGGCUUCCUGGUGCGUCGCCUGUUUCGGACAGAGCAAGUGCAGCGUAUUGUCCAAACCAUACGCGAUACGCUCAUCUUUGUGCUCAAUCUACAUCUGGAGACGUAUGGCAACAAACUAGAUCAGGAGGAGCCGGCCAACAUACGCCUUAAGGCACGCCUUUUGCAGCAGCUCUGCUCUGCUAGCCGCACUCUGCAUCUGAUCUUCUUUCAAACGAGCAUUAAGGAACGCAUGGAGAUAAUCGCGCGGGAUCGCAAACGGAUUAACACGAAACUCAUUGCAGGGCAUCUCAAGCAACGCCAAUAAUAAUUCCUAUGAAUCGAAUCAUUCUUAACACGCAUUGCCAAUCCCUUCCAAGUUAACUCUACUCAUUCAACUACAAAUAAAAGACUAUAUAUUUUAUAAUUCUUCAUAGA